CAGACAGCAAUAACAUUGGCAACGUGGGACUCUUAAGAGCCAUUUGUUCACCACAAACCUGAACACAAAUGAAAUCAUCUGAAGCAUUAUCUAUCCAGUGCCAUUAUUCAACAUACAAAAUAAUAUUAACAAUCAAUAAUAGUUAGCUUCUAAUCUUACUUGUGUAGUGUGGGAGAAAGAAGAAGAAGAAGAAAAAGAGAAAAUUAUGGCAAUGACAACAAGUAGUAGAUGCUCGAGCUUGAGUGUAAAUCUGAGAGGAACACGAUUCAACUCCCAUGCUCCUCUCCCUUCUCACCGCUCCCUCAUUCCUAUUUUUCACAACAACAUUCAUCCUUCACCCGUGCUUCGCACUAGCUUCCAUCUCACGGCGGUGGUGCCCAAAGCCUCAGCUGGAAGCUACAGCUCCACCGAUGGCGACGAUGGAGUUUCUCUUGGCACCAUGAAGCUGCCGGUUAACAUAGAUCUUCAAAGAUUCGAUUCUCUCUUAUUUCAGUGGGCAAACAGCCUUGCACAGGGAGCCAAUCUACCACUUCCCAUGCCUCUCAAAGUGGACAAAAUAGCAGGUGGAGCAAGAUUGGGAUUUAUAACCAUUGGAGAUGGGGACACAGAGGUUCUUGUGUAUAUUGACUGUUUGGUUUUUAAACCCAAUGAAACUUCUGCUCCAGUUUUUCGUGCCUCCAGACAUGGACUCUUGAAAGAUAAGGUGCCACCAGGUGAGCCCAGAAUCAUGAGGAGCCUUAUGCAAGCUCUCGAGAAGUCGGUUCAAAUCGCUAGAUUGUGAAGUUUUUGUUUUUAAUUUUCUUCUCUCAGUGUACUUGUAGGGUUUUGAGCUGAUAAACGUAAGCAAUCUGAAAUGAAGUAUAAAUUUGAUGCAAAUAUGUUUACUCCAAGAGAGUCAUGAAUUAUUGUACAUAUUUUAUUUUACUAA